AGCAUAAAUUUCCGCCACAACUUCUAUUCAGCAAUUGCGCAAAUCGCGCAAGUAACAUGAGCAUUACUAACAGUGUAAAUAUGAAGGUGCGCUGGGAAUGAAGCUUCUAUGCGCAGUAUAAACAAGAGCUUCGUUCAAUCAUGGUGCUUAUAGUUCGGUCACUAUGGUCCCACGUCAAUACACUUUUUUCUCGGGUUAACAAUCAGUUUUUCCGGGCAUACGGUCCCGCCAAGGGCGCCAAAAUCAUUAUUAAAAUGUAAAACUAUUGAGAAUAAUAUUUCAACUAAACAAAUUAGUCUCGAGAAGGUUUUGCGAUGGCCGAAGCCAAUGAUUUAAAAUCAAAUGACGAUGGAAUUCAAAAUUCAUCAAAAACUCAAAUGGAAAUUAAUGAAUGCCUCGGAAGUUGGCGGACAUAUUUACAAAUGUUGAACGGUCUUUGCCUAGCUGGUACGAAGCUGGCUCAGUCGUUGCAGUCAAUUUUAUCAAGCCAUGAGGGAACAGUUAAUUGCAGAUUGACAGGCCAAUGUCUUGCCGGUUGGGAGGAACUUACUAGGGCGACUGGUGUAGCAAGUAAUACUGUUAAGCACCACGUGGUCGCGGCCUUGAGAGACCACGAGACACGAGAUAGUGACGUCAACAAACAUGAUAUAUUGCGGGACAAUCUUUUGACCUUCAUUAACUUACAGUAUCAAUUCUGUGUGGCUUGUUGCGAAUGUUUAGGAAGUAUGGCUGAGUGUUCCUGUUCUCAAUCCGGGAAAAAUGAAUGUGAUAUUGCUGCUCUUCAACAAUGCUUUGAACGUUUAUAUAGUCCACAAACACCAGUAUCGUCAUCAUCGACACAACAAAAUAGUCAUAGGUCACCAUUGCGAUAUCCACUCUUUCCUCUGCAGGUUCAGAGAAGGUGGUCGGAAACCGCGGCUGCUGAAAUGUCAGGUGAGUCUACGGAAAGUACAAUGAGAAGAUGGUCGAUGCCUUGGGAUUGUCGACACGUCACAGAAUGGCCAAGGCAAGAAGAAAAAACAAGAUUAAGAGUGCCACAUCGGGACCGUAGUAGAUCAACUACACCUGAUUCUGUUUGGAAGUCAUCGGGCAUGGCUAGUCAAGAUGGUCUACAAGAAGCCAUUCAAUUACUUUCUUGUAGGCCUGGUGUUAGGCCAGCUAAUCAAUUAUCUGCUUUUAUUGGUCAACAUAUACCUGGCGUAACACUCACUACUUGUAAUUUUGAUAGUAAUUAUGAUAACUCAAUCUGGCCGGAUUCCAAAAGAGUUGGAUCACCCAGGUGCUGGCCUCAGGAUUCACAUUCAAGCGAUCAUUCGGAUCAAUCUGGACAACGCGACAGUGAUAACAGUGGGGAGAACAGAGAUUCUGAACUUAGUGGUGGUAGCGCAAGCGUUCAUCGUGAUAACGAUAUUUCUGGAGUCAAUGAUCUUCUUCCAUCUCGAAAAAGUUCAUCGUCUACAGACUCAUGUUUAUCAGGAAACAGUAGAUCUGGAUCUGAAAGUGCUGGUGUGUGUACUGGGGAAUCAUCAAAAUCUCAAUUGUAUUCAAUGUGGAGUGGUGGUGAUCUACCUUUUAUUAAAUUACCAGAGAGUAGUGAAACUAAAGAUGAAAGGCCUCCAAGUUAAACAAUCAUUUGAACAAUAACUAUACAUUAAUAUAAUUUAUAUGAAAAAUAGUUAUACUAAUAAUGAUGAUGAUAAUAAUGACCAUGAAUAUAAUAAUUAAUACAAAACUACCGUAUAUAACUAAAUAUUAUUAAUUAUUAUUUAUAAUAGAUUAAAUUGAAUUUUAUAUGGACCAAUAUAUAAGAAUGUCAAAAGUAUGAAGACAAAAAAAUAAUUAUUAUUCUGUAUUAUUUAAGACGUUUAAUACCAAAUUGAUAUUGAUAUUGUCAUACGGUGAUAAUACAUUUGCAUAUCAUUUAUGCAUUUCUAUGCAUUUGUAGAAUAUAUUAUAUUUUAAGGAGAAAAUCUAUUGGUUGUAAAACAAACGUUGUCAGUAUAAAUUUCGACUUAUCAAAAUCUAAAAUAUAAAAAAUUUUAAAAAAGUA